GGAAUAUCGAGCAAUUAUAGCCGUCGCUUUCCUUAUUCCUUGCUUCGCUUGACCCGCCUCCGAUUCCAGCGACAUCUCCAGACAAUUCAUCAUGCCUCCCAAGAGACUAUACGGAGAAAAGGGCCGCCGCGCCCCCAAGGGCUUCGUCUCCUCCACCUACGAUGCCUUGACCUCUGCUGAGAACGCCGCUUUCGUUCGAAGCAUUGCCAUCUUUGGAGCUGCCGUCACUUUCCUCUCCAGCUCCUGGGGCGAGAUCCUCCUCCCGCCUCAAUAAUCGACAGGCACUCGGCCUAUACUCCAGCACGACUUAAUUUGAUCAACAAUUCGAUAUCCCCAAGCAGGAAAGGAAAUGGGUCGUUGUACAUUAGAAGGAUUGAUUGUAUGCUAUGAUGCGAGAUCUGCACGGUUUAUGCCACAUGCAAUAUAGACUUACUAGGCGACUUUGGAUGGACGGCGUAGCUUGAAAAUGGCUUGGCCGGAAGUUUUUGGCUCGAUAAUGAAAAAAGAAAAGAAAGAAAGAGAACGGCGCUCUCCAUUUUGGAAUAUUUCUU